AUGUCAAAGGAAAAUAUUAAUUUACCCAAAGCUCCAAAAGAUUUAUGUUUUUCAGAAAUUGAUUUCAUUCAGUCAAACUUCAAUGUAGAUACUUUUCUUCAAGAACAUAAGAAAAGUACAAAAUUGGAAACAAUGCGAGAUGAUCUUGGGAUAUAUUUGAAAUUAUUGAGAUCUGCUAUGAUUGAUUUAAUCAAUAGAGAUUAUACAGAUUUUGUAAAUUUAUCAAGUAAUCUGAUUGGUUUAGAUAAAGCUAUUAAUGACUUACAAACACCAUUAGGUCAAUUAAAGGAAGAAGUAAUGCAAGUACAACAAACUCUAGAUGAUGAAAUUAUUGCAAUUACUCACAAUAUUACAGAAAGUAAGAAAAUUAGAGAAUAUAAACAAAGUGUGUUUAGCUUACAACAUAUUUAUAAAUCAUUAAAUAAGCUAUCAUCAAUAUUAUCUUUAAAUACAUUCCUUGAAAGCCCAGCCAAAAUAAACAUUUUAGAACAAGCUGCAGCAGAAUUUAAUCAAUUGCAUUUUCAUAUGUCCAGAUGCAAAUUAGACAUUAUCAAUGACAAACAGAAUGAAGGUGAGAAACUUGAACAAUCUUACAUGACACACCUCAAUGAAUUUUUCUUAGCAUGUAUACAAGAAAGAAAUUCUACUCUAUUAAUUCAUUGCUUAAGGAUUUAUGUCACACUUGAUAAAAUAUGUGAUGCAGAGAAUUUAGUAAAGAAAGAGAUUGUUAGUCCAUUGAUUUACAGUGUAAUUAAUAUAGAACAUUUGCAAACUGACUUGCUUGGCCUACAAAAUAUAUACAACAGAUUAUUGAAUAUUUUAAAUGUAGAAUUGAAACAACUGUUAGACAUCACACUGCAUCCAAACAGACUUUCUGUGAAAGGUUUCAAUUUCUUGGUAAACAGUUUCUGGAUUGAUGUGGAAGAAAAAAUUGAACUGUAUAUAAAAUGUAUCUUUGCUCCUGGAGAUCCAGUAAUAUUUCACUCUAGAUAUGUAGCAACCUUAGAAUUUCUGGAAAAAUUGGAAGCUGAAUGUAUCACACCCGAAUCAUUAGUUGUACUAAAAGAAAAUUCACAAUACAAAAACUUUCUCAAAAAAUGGAAUUUACCGGUAUAUUUUCAAAUACGAUUUCAAGAAAUAGCCAGUGGAAUUGAAACAGCUUUAACUGAACCAAUAUCACCUGCAUUUGUAAAAGGAACUUUGCAAACCCUUACAAAAAAUGAUUUUUCUCUUUACGCAACCAGUGUGAUGUGGGAAAAUUUAGAAAAAAUUUGGGACAAUGAUGUAUAUUUAUAUCAACUUUUUCACAGAUUCUGGAAAUUUAGUCUUCAGAUAUGUGCUAGAUAUCAAACAUGGAUUCAAACAGCACUCAAAGAAAUAUGGCCAAUAGAAAAUGAAAUAGGCAACUUAAGCAAAGUAGAACACUCCACAAAACUUAACUUCCUAAUCUGUUUGUAUAAGGAUCUAGAAAGAUUUGUAAAUAUGCUGCCAUCUCUUCUGGAAAUAGCUCGUUCGAAACUUAAACAAGAGACACCAAUAGUAUUAAAAUUAUUAAAAGAUUCUCUUGACGAAACGAUAAAGAAUUUGAAAACUGUUUGCCCACAAAUCACGGAAGAAAUUGUAAAUGAACUUCUAAAACAAUGUGUGACGCAUUUGAAACAAGUCAGCGAUAUACCAAGAUUAUUCAGACGGACUAAGAGGGAUGUACCCACAAAACCAUGCGCUUAUGUUAAAAAUACGCUUCAAUUUCUUGUUAAAUUUCAUGCGGAUUACAAAAAAGUAAUACCAGAAAAUGUUAAUAAUUGGUUGGAAUUAGCUCUUUCUUCAUUGACCAAACACUAUCUAGUUUCCGUGACAGAUGUCUUAACUUCAGUACAAAAGACCGAGGAGAGUUUAAGAAGAUUAAAAAAAAUACGCGAUAAAUCUACGGGGUCCCUCCCCUCUGAAGCUCAAGGAAUCAGUGAUGAUGAAAAGAUACGUAUUCAAUUGCAAGUUGAUGUUCAAGCUUACGCUAAUCUGAUUACAGAAAUGGAGAUUUCAACCUCAAACGUGCAUAAUGUAGAAGAAUUAUUACAUGCUGUUAAAACAGCAACAAAAAGAUAA